UUGUGGUCACCCGUUGUUCCAUCACUCAGCAGUUUGCUUUGGGAGAUGUGCUUGCUUGAUAUGCUUUAGACAUCUAAGACACAAUCCCUCCGUGAUUCUGGAGAUCCUGCUUGGACACCCUAGCUGUCUCUCUGAAGAGAAGGGAUUAGGCUGGACAACUCGAGACAUAGCCAGGAGCUCAUCCUCAGUCUACUUACACCUAAAUGAACGAGACAGACAGCGAGGAUGAAGCCCAAGCAGAGGGAUGGGAGCCAGGACCAGCGCCUGGAGCUGCUGUUUCAGGCUGUCCCCAGAGGAGGAGAUGACAAUGCUGAUAACAGUGACGUCCUCCAUCCAGCCUGCUCCCAUCCGCCACCACCUUUCUCCCCCUCCCACCCUACCAAAGCCCGGGAAGGACAACCUGCGGCUCCAGCGGCUGCUGAAGAAGGCAGCCAAGAAAAAUGCCGUCUUCACUUCAGAGCAAGCCAAGUCCUUUCGGUCCAGCCUCUCACCUGUGAAUGAGGCCAGCUCUGACCUAGAGCACAAUGAAAGCACUCCCCCAGCAGAGACCCCUGAAACCGCAGCACCCCCCACCACCAGCCUCCCGAUCCACCUCUCCAUCAAGCCCAUCACCCACCGUGUCCCCUCCCCUUUCCGGAAGAGCAAGCCUUUCACACUGAAGGUGACUGAGCAGAGGCGCAUUGCUGAGCACCUCAGCAUCACAACCUCCCCAGCCAUGCCCAUGCUACACAAGCCAGGCGCUCCUAAGACUCCACAGCAGCCUGAAGGCAAGGACACCCACCCUCCCUCUCCAGGCAACCCUUCCGUAUUUGUUCACCCCCAGCCUCCUCCUCCCAGUACACCCAGUAAAGAAAGGGCACCAGAGGUUACCUACAUCAACAAGGUACACGCUUAUUUCCACAGUGUCAAGCCACCCAGGGCUAAGAUACCCACACCAAAUCAGACCCAAGCAACCAUUAGCCAUGAAGACAAAAGGCCACCUUCUCCGGCAGCUGAAACAAGCCACUCUGAAUCAUCUGCAGGGCAGAUACCCACGCCACUCGAUGACAGCGAGGCCACAGCUCCCACACUGGAGCCUCCUCUCCUUUCCGCUGCAGAGACAGAGCCUCCUAAGGAGCCCAAGCCUACUCCUACUGAAGAGUUCAUCAAGGCCCCUUCACCCAAGCCCAGCACCUCCGAUUCCCACACCAGUAAGUCUACAGCCCAUGGAACUGAUGUGGAAAUAUCUGGAUCAGAGAGCACUCCUGAAUUACCCAAGCAAGAUGGCGACAUCCUAAAGCCAUCAACACCCAGCACUCCGUGGAGGCAGGCACACCCACAGGCAGCAAGCCCAGCACAAGCUGACAGUACAGGGGCCACCUCUACAGACACCAAGGCAGAACAUGUCAUUCAACCUCAUUUGACCCCCAGCUUAUCAAACACCAGCCCUCCCCUCAAAGCUGAGCCAACACUACCGCCAGUAGAAGAAGCAAGACCUCCUGGAGCCAAUGCUGGUGGCUGGCAUCGCCUCAGGAAGCACUUGAUGGUGCAGCCAGAAGUACCCAACUUCCCAGAGCCUGAGUCAGAAAAGCUGGGACAAGAGGAAGGGAGCAAGGAAGACAGCUCUCAAGCAAUCAUCAGUCAAGACCACAGUCUGUUUAAAUCAAGGGCCACAAGAAUGUGGGAUGCUAUUUUAUACCAGAUGACAGUCAACAAAGAGAGGAAACCACAAGCAGAAGAGAAGAAGCUGCAGAAGGAAGAAAGCCUCUUUCUUCCCCGACGCUUACCCGUCCUUUUACAUAAGCCACGCUUUGACGCCCGGAAACUGAAGGAGCUGGCUGCCAAACCCAUGACAAAGAUCACCACUGUGUUCGAGGUGGGCCGAUUUAGACCCAAAGCAGCCGAGGAGCACACCAAGAGCUUUAACAGAACAGCAUCAGGAUGGUCAGUCAACUGAAGCCAGGCUGCUCCACCAGGCCCACAUCUCUGAGGGUUUCUAUAGGGCACCAAGCAAGAGAGCACCUAUGUCUAGGUUUACUGCCCGGCAGAGCCAAGUGUAAGGAAAAAAAUAAAAUUAAAUAAAACCCCUCCAAGCCAGCAGCCUCAUGCUGUGGGUUUAAGGGUUACUCUCCAUGUGUGUAUAAGCUCAGAUGCAUAACAUACCGUGUCCACAGGUCAUGAGCCAGGAAAACAGACUUUUGCUUUAAGAAGGCCCAACAAGCUCUGUAUGUAGUAAUACAGGGAGAGAGGGGAGGCACACAGUGAAAAGGACAAAUGGCCUGUAGAAAAAGCCCAGUUUAGAGGAGGCUGGUGGAAUCUGAAUUUAUUUUGUUGUGUUUGUUUAAGACCAAGAGAAAAACCUAGAAAUAAAAGCAGCUGUAGACGGGACAACAUGAAGGAAUCCGGGUUGCUCCACAUGUCCUCUAGGGAUUCUUUGAAGCUGAACUCAAAGUGGGUACAUACCAUCUCUUCAGCUUCUCCACUGAAAGUGCUGUGGAGGGCACCUCACACCCGUUCACUGAGAACAAGGUGGAAACUCAUCCUUCUACUCAGGGCACAGACAAGGGACAGCAUAAGAUAUCCAUCCCGCUGUCACACAGCGGUUCCCCUGCCUAAAACACUGGACAUCAUCAUUUGAUGUCCUCCUAGGUCAGUCUACUAAAUCAUAGCACACAGAAGACUAACUUUAUUGCAGUAAUCAAGUUUUCUUAUGUAUUUUACAGUGCUUUUUUUUUUUUUUAAGCACAGCUGGGGGUUAGUGUUUCCAUGAUAACCAGCAAGAGAUUGCUUCAGCAUACCUACUGUUGCAUACCUACUGGUGCCUGACAUUCUGAAAAAAGGGUAUUUAAAACAAAAUCCCCAACUGUGGCCCAUCCUCAGAGACAACUGUGCUUUCCAGCAUUACAGUCACCCUUUGCAUCUCCACCACCACCAAGCUUAUAAGCAUGAAACUGGAGAUCAGCUGUUUCUGUUUCACAAGGGACUUUGUCAUAUGCUGGGAUAUUCCUACACAGCUAAUAUAGGAUUGCUAUGUUUAGUGCAAAUAGGAAACUCGAUACACAGCUCUUUACAUUCUCUUCAUGUGCAGAGGAUACAGAGCUGACCAAAAUGUCCCCAAGCCAAACUGCAAACAGACUUACAAACAAAACCAAGAGACCCUUUUGCCGUUUUGAAGUCCUCCAACUUUGCAAUGAUGCUAUCAGUAAAGCUCAGUUAUAGUCAAAUCAUCAGUGAAGUUUUCACUUUGCUGGCCUUAUCGUCUUGAUUUGUAACCCCUUCCCUAUUCCAAGGAAAAAAAGUGAGAAGGAAGAAUAACCCAAGUAUCUAAAGUUUGGAUCACCCAAUAGAUAAUUUAGAUAACCCAAUAGAUAAUUUAGAUAACCCAAGUAUCUAAAGUUUCCCAGCGGGAAGCAGAGGAAGGCAGGUCUGGCUGCGUGGUUUAGCCUUUCCACCCCAGAAGUAAAGGGCAGAGGCAUACAGCAGGCAUGGACAGACUUUGGCAGGAGAGCACUGGAGAGGAGCAAAUAGAUGCCUGGAGGCAAGAGGAAAUUUCCACCAGUGGUUCUGUAUUGGGAGCCAUUGCAGCACGUCCCAGCUUGAGCCGCUGCGCUGAGCGAGGGAAGGAAAACGACACUGGAUGGAGUUCAGUUGUUUUUCAAUGUCAAACAGCCUCGGGCAGUUGGUAAGAGCCCAAACUGCCACUUAGAGAAAACCUCUUGCUCUGCAGCCUGCUCAGAGGUCCUGCAGCUCAGGCAGGGAGGGGAGGAGAGGAGGAAAAACUGUACCUGUGGCUCAAGCAACUAGAAAGCUGAUAAGGUGGUGUUGAGCAAGUGACAUGGGGGUGAGCCAGAAGGGUUUAAGAGCAAAAAGGCAACCAUGAAGGGAUCUGGCAGUAGGGAAAAAGGAUGAACAUAGUUCAGGGGGUUGGAGAGGAUCUGGGGAGCAGGGACCUCUCAGCACACAAAACAGCCAGCUAAAAGCCAAAGAUCCUCCAAGUUAUCACAGCCAUUUUGCUCUUCACAGUCAAAAAAGCCUUCCUUGUGAACGAGCCCGUAGGGCAACGGUGCUGUGCAGUGGUUGUUCGGAGCACUGGGUGGAUCCUAGAGGACAUCACAUAACAGUUGCUGGCCUUUCAAGAAAGGAUGCUGGAAAAAGAUCAGAGCUGAGGGCACUUUCCUUUGAGCUGCUUGCAGAAGCUCAGGUAGGGGGGGGGGAAACAAAAAACACCAACAAAUAAAAACCCACACACCUGAAGACAACCUAGCAAAACCUGUUUGCUAUAAAGAAUUGAAGAUCAGUAGGAUCCCACCUGGUGCAUCAAAACAGACUUCAGGAAAAAGAAGAGGACUGAUCAAAGAGGAGACCUUAAAAUAAGUUUCUGAAAAGGACAGGCAGAGAAGCAGGUUGAGGAUACAAGUCUGGUGGGCUCCUCCUCCUUUACAUCAAAAACCGUAGCUUUGGGAAGGCUUGGGUUUGUACUGCUGCCAUCUCAAAGUGGCAUUCAAGACAACAACUCUUCUAAACGGGCAUCACGAAAGGAAAAAACACCCAAGCAAAACAAUAUGCUGCAACCAGAAGUCAGCUCCUUGAGGGAAAGAAAAAAAAGAAAAAAAAAAAAAGAAGGAACACAGCCCCCAGAAGAAUUCAGAAACAAAAGGUGUUUUGUAGCAGACAGAGCUAUUUAUAAGCUUGGCUUUGAAAUAAAGCUUCUUUUUUGUAGUAGGAAAAAA